AUGGUAACUAGUUAUGAAUUAAACAAUCAAUUCUUGAAUUCAAUUAAAACUAACGAUUCUCCACUAAUAAUGGGCAAAGUAAAUAAAAAAGAUAUUAUUUUCGUGGUUGAUACAGGAGCGAGUACAAUCGCUAAAAAUCAAGGACAAUGCAGCAAAAGUCAAGAGGGAUCAAAAGAAUACAGAAUGGUAAUAGACUUUCGAAAACUUAAUGAAAUAAUUUAUCGUGAAAGCUUCCCUUUACCAAUAAUACAAAAUUUAUAUGAUUGUUUAGCUGGAAAUCAAUAUUUUAGUUCGUNAUAUGAUUGUUUAGCAGGAAAUCAAUAUUUUAGUUCUUUAGAUGCUACUUCAGGUUUCCAUCAAAUAGAACUUUCUGAAAAUUCUAAAGCUCUUACAGCUUAUUCAACUGAAAAUUAUCAUGUUCAGUUUACUCGUUUACCUUUUGGGUUAUCUAAUGCACCCCAAUUUUAUCAAGCUGCUAUGUGUAAAGUCAUGGCUGGCUUAAAUUAUAGACACAAUAUAUGUUAUUUAGACGAUUGCGUUGCAUUUGGCAAAUCAUUCGAGUCUCAUUUACAUUCACUAGAAUUAAUAUUUCAACGAUUUUUAAAGUAUAACUUAAAACUAAAACCAUCUAAGUGUAGAUUUGGCUAUCAAGAAUUAAAAGUAUUAAGCAACAUUAUUGAUGCGAAGGAAAUAAGACCCACUCAACAGGGAAUAGAAACUAUACAAAAAUUCCCACAACCUAAAAAGAUUAUACAACUUCGCAGUUUUUUAGAUCUAGCUAAUUAUUUUAGACGUUAUAUUCCAAAAUUUAGUAACAUCGCAAAACCUUUAACAGAACUAACUAGAGGUAAAUUCAAUAGCAAACGUUCACCAAUCAAGUGGGAAAACACACAUGAACGUGCUUUUCUUGAACUGAAAAGUAAAUUAACUAGUCAGCCAGUAUUAGCUCACUAUGAUGAAAAUGCAGAAACUAUAAUUGUAACUGACGGAUCUAAAUUGGGUUUAGGUGCUAUCCUCCAGCAGCGUAAUCAAAACAAUGAAAUUCAUCCAGUAGCAUUCUCAUCCAAAAAACUGACUAAAGCCGAAGGCCGAUAUAGCGCAAUGGAUUUAGAGUGUCUAGCAAUUUUUCACGCAUUAACUGUUUUUCGUCCUUAUGUUCAUGGAAAGUACUUCGAAAUUUGGACUGAUCAUAAAAACUUAACAAGUUUUGAUUAUUCUAUAAAAUAUAAAGAAGGAAUUUUUAAUAAAGCUGCAGAUUGUCUUAGUAGAAUAAUAGACGAACCACCAAAACUUUCUGAAUUUACAGAGCUUUCAAAAAUAGGCGUACAUACAAUAUUACAACAUCCCAACGUAAAUUUAGUACAAUCAAUUAAUAUCCAAUUAGAACAAGCUUCGGAUAAUUAUUUACAAAAUAUCAUAACUGCAAUUAAAAAUCCAAAUGAAAAUUGUCAAAAACGUAAGCCUUUUAAACAACCCAAACCGCCUAAAAUAGGAAUGUACCCACUAGAAAAAGGGGAAAUUAUGCAAGAAAUAUAUUUGGACUAUAUUGGGCCAUUUAGUAAUUCAAAAUCUAAUAAAUAUAUUCUAGUAGCAACAGACAGAAUAAGUAAGUUUUGCGUAGCAAAAGCGUACGCAAAUGCAAAUGCGCGUAGUACGGUUAAAUUUCUUUUAGAUCUUAUAUUACGUUUUGGAUGUAUGCGUACUAUAAGAAGCGACAAUGGAACACAUUUCACAGGUAAAACGGUUAAACAACUAUUAGAAUCAUUAAAUGUAGAUCAGAAAUUCGGCGUACCCUAUCAUCCAACUUCUCAGGGCCAAGUAGAGCGUCAAAACCAAACUCUGGUUGAUAUGAUCUCUAAUUAUGUUAAAGAUAAUGAAAAAUUGUGGUCAGAUUAUCUACCAUAUAUGGUAUUUGCUUACAACAGUUCUAUUCAUAAAGUUACAGGUUAUUCACCAUUCUACUUAGUCCAUGGGUUCGAGCCCAAAAGCGUCUUUGAAUUAGCUUUAAUACCACCAGAAGAUCAAAACAUACUCUCAGAGAUUUCAAAAAUCAAGAAAAUAAGAAAAUUAGUUCCUGAAUUGCUUAAACAAGCGUCUGAACAAGUGAAACAAAAGCAUCCUUUGUCGAACACCACACAAUAUAAUAUUGGUGAUAAAAUUUUAGUCAAAAACGAAACAUCUAAUACUAAAUUUCGAGAUCGUUACAAUGGACCAUAUGAAAUUAUAAAAGAUUAUCCACCUUUUACAUACAUUGUUAGAAUACCAAAAAAUAACAGAUUAGAAAAUUUACCGGUCCAUAUUGACCAAAUAAAACCAUUUCACAGCAAUAGAGGAAUUCGAGGUGGCAGUUGGGCACUUGAUGAAUUAUUUAGGAGUGCUAAUAGGCAGGGACUUAAUGUACAGACAACAUAUAGAGAAAGCUGUGGAAAAGGCUUCAAGUAUGGCGUCUGCUUUGCAGAGGCUUAUGCCUAA